UAAGGCAGUAGGAGGAGACUUUCACAAUGAAUGGGAGUUCUGGGAACACAUGUUUACUGAAGUUGUCUGGCUGUGCAGGGAAAGGAAGCAGAGAGAGGAAAGGAACACAACAAGAGCUCCUUAUAUACUUCCAUUCAUUUUUUCAACUGGUACCAGGGGACGUUCAGACGAGUCUUGUGAGGCCUGUUGGUCUCCUAGGGGAAAACAACCAACAUGUACGUGUUCGUGAGAGUAUCACCUUUACACAGAGGGGUGACAGGCUCUGCUGUCUCUCAAGUUGGGCCAUAUCUCUUGGCUGGACUUACUCAAUGAUCAUUGCACAAGUUAGCUCAGUGAACACACACAACCCUUUAACCCAAUUCAUCAAUGUUUUCAAGAACAUUGAGGACCUCAAGAUGUAACUAUACUUAUGGACAGACUAGCAUGAGGCAUCUAAGAACAUCAUCCCAGAAACACUGAACACCAAUGGCAGAGGAGCACAGUAACAGGAGCACAGGUCAAAUGUGACGUCAUAUCAGGCAGUAAUCACUGACUUCUUCUCAUACCAGUCCCCGUCAGCCGUAUAGUUCUGACCUCUGUUUCCAAGAUUUCAUGAUCACAUGCACCAUACCCAGUAGUACACUCUAUACCCUCUCACCCAUCUGGAAGCCCUGACAUAGACUGAGCAGUAGGUAGACUCAUCACCCAGGACACCAUUGGACACUCCGCACUUCAGAGAUGACCGGUACCCAGCUUCUAAACUACCCUGCCACAGACUCUCCCUUCAGGUCUCCCAACUCCCACUCUAUUCAGCUCCAUUCAGUUGCCAUGACAUCCCCAAUCCCCCCUCUUUCCCAGGCCGCCACGGUCACCUCGCCGCAGCUCCCUCCGGCCCUGUGGCCCCCACUGGACUUUGCCUUGGGUGCGUUGUCGUGCUGCGGGGCCUGUGUGUUCACUAACCCCCUGGAGGUGGUGAAGACGCGACUGCAGCUGCAGGGAGAGCUGCGGGCGCGGGGGACCUACCAGCGGCACUACCGCGGGGUGGUCCAGGCCCUAUGGGUGGUGGGUAGAACAGAUGGGCUACGCGGGCUGCAGAAGGGGCUCUCGGCUGGGCUGUUGUACCAGGGUUUGAUGAACGGUGUGAGGCUGGGCUUCUACUCCUACUGUGAUGCCGUGGGGAUCACUGCAGCCCCUGGAGGGAGUCUGAUGUCAGGAGCCAUUGCCGGGGCUCUGGGUGCCUUCAUCGCCUCUCCUGCCUAUCUGGUGAAGACACAUCUGCAGGCCCAGACAGUUGAGGCCAUCGCAGUGGGUCACCAGCACAACCAUCAGGGGGUGUCGAGUGCCUUCGCCAAUAUCUACUGGCGGGAGGGCGUGGUGGGGCUGUGGAGGGGUGUGAACGGGGCUGUGCCUCGAGUCAUGGUGGGAUCAGCUACCCAACUGGCCACCUUCAGCUCCACCAAAGAAUGGGUGGCACGCCUGCAGUGGUACAGUCCAAACAGCUGGCUGGUUGCCUUGACAGCUGCCUGUAUCAGUGGAGUAGCAGUGACAAUCACCAUGACCCCGUUUGAUGUCAUCAGCACCCGCCUCUACAACCAGCCAGUGGAUGAGCAUCAUAGUGGUCGUCUGUACCAGGGCUUCUCAGACUGUCUGGUGAAGGUGUGUCGGACCGAAGGUGUGCUGGGACUUUAUAAAGGCAUGGGUCCUGUAUUCUUCCGCCUGUGCCCUCACACCAUUCUCAGCAUGCUCUUCUGGGACCUGAUGAGACAGAGAGCCUUCCAGGACGCCCAGAACCAGAGCUGAAGAGAAGAGGAUAUUCAGCCAAUCCUGGAUGACAAUGGAAGUUGAAUUUUAAAAUAAUGAUUCAUUACUAAACCCAACAGGUUUUGGUCUGUUGCCUUCGUCAGAGCCAGACCUGAGACAGAGGGCCUCAUACGGUUUAAUAAUUGACAGGUCCAUUGGUGGAGAGAAGGAGAGACAUCGAGGAGUAGACACUCUUGCACUCACUCAGUGGUUGACAGAAAUGAUACAUAAUGGCUUGACAUACAUCACUUAACUUAAACAAUUUGUUCCAUCUCCAGUUUAUUUGACUGACACUGCAAGUUCCUGGACAGUGAUGUUGAAGGAGGAUAUGGAAGAUGAGACUCACUCCAUGCCUUAAAGGGGCAAUCAGCAGUUGCUAUAUACAUUUUUGGACUUAUACAUAAAUUAUAUGUAUUCAUUGAUUCUUAAAGAAUAUAACUUAGAAUUUCUCCAUGAGCUUAGUUCAAAUGGAAUACCCCAUCAGAACCCAAAAUAGAAGCUUGUUUUACUCCAGUGUUUGUAAACAAAGUGUAAAUGUAAAUAAACACUAUAAAUCCUCAAAACAUGGUUACAACUAUAAUUUUGAUAUCAUGGAUGGUCAGUCCUUGCAUCCACAGUUCUGUCUAUGGAUUUAAGAGUGGUUACAUUUCUCAAGCCACAUCCCUCAACUUUGACCAAAACAGGAAUCGGGGAGGUCUCUUGUAUUUUUUUUAUGGAUUCAACUGCUGAUUGCCUCUUUAAGAUCAAAAGUCAAACUGUGCACAAGAAGGCCCAUUAUUAAUGAAGCAAGACGAAGGUUGGUCAGAUCAACAAUUCUGUGUAAUAUGUGGCUUUUAUUCUAGGUUAGUGACCUAGAUAAUUUUGAGGCAACAGUUUUACUGAUAUUUUGGUCAUUUCCAUGUAAUGUGUGAAAAUAAAAAAGCUUUGACUUGUGCAUGUCUGAAGAUGAGAAAAAUGUAAGAUAAAUUGAACUAAUUGAAGUAUAUGUAUAAUUUUUUAUAUUGAAUUGCCAUUAAUAAAGACCAUUCUACUUUAAAAU